AUGAAGUUCAACAGUUUUCUUGCAGGCUUAACAUCACUUUCCUUAUUUGCACACACAAUUGCAGCUCCAGCAAAGAGAGAUAAUUCCGGUGGUGGUGAUGAUGACGAUGUUGUUGUUGUGACUCUCCAAACAACUGUGCUGGACAUACACACUAAUACCCAUAUUGUCAAUGCCCCAACAUCAACAUACACCAACUACAUUGUCAGUGCAAGUACCAAAACUGUGACCCAUUACACUGCAACCGUUACAUCUACAAUCUGGGGUACAGCACACACAUACACCACAGUUGCCACCACUCCUAUUUCAGCUGCUGACGUUUCGCCGAUCAGUGAAAAUGAAGUUCAAUCAGCCACUGUACAACAGCAACAAGCACAAGCACAAGCACUGACGAGCUCAACACCGACUGCAGGGACAACAGGUGCACAACAAAAUACAGCCAAGCCUCCUUCAUCAUCGUCAUCUACAGUACAAACCAUUGCUGGUGCUACUACUGGUGCUAGCGCUGGUGCUGCUGGUGCUGCAUCAUCGCCAUCUUCGUCGUCUUCCUCCUCCGUUGCAACUUCUGCUGCUCCAGGAGCUGGAUCGUCAACCCAAUUGGUCAAGCCUUCCAGUGCUCAAUUGGUUCCCGAGACGUCUGCAGAUUCUCUGUCUGACGGCCCAACAAUCACUGCUACUGCUAUCCCAAGUAGCACAGAUUCAUGGAUCAUUGAGAAUGUGACCACUGUUACUUCAAGUGGUGUUUGCUACAUAAACUACGAUUAUUACUAUGACGACGAAACUGAUGCCGAGGAAACGGUGACGCUGACUUCGACUUCGUACACCACUGUUACUCUCAGCUAA